AUGAGCUCGCACAGCCGGCUACCUCUCCUUGCGUUCGAGCAUUUGAUUAUUUAAAGGAGCGCUGUCCCUACCCAUAACUACAUUUUCACCGAAUUUAUCUGAGAUUUCCGCUUUGAAGAAGAUUUCAAGAAAAAUAGAAGAUCACCACAUAGUUAUUAUGAUCAAGUGACCUGUGGAAUACCAGAGAUGCUAAUAAUGUUUUGUGUUCUAUCUAUCACUCUUCUGUUGAAGACAUCCAGCGAUCCAGUCUACGUUGACGAUCUAGCCGAAUUGGUGGAUGACAAGACUGAUAUUUGGGAUCUUGAAGAGCUCGAAAACAACAAUAACGUCGCGAGAACAGCUGGGAAGUACAAAAAGGUGGCUGUCCCUCAUGAAAGCUUUCGCCAUACCUUCGAAAAGAGGGCUCGACGUCGAGUCGAAAUAGAAAGAGAAAAGGAGUGGUGGCAGGAUAAGUGUAGUGUUGUUCGAAAUGUCAACAUGUGUAUGACAUUUAAAUAA